AUGGCACCAACACGCAAACGCAAACGUCCCACCAAACCAGCUUCAACCACAUCCAAACACCCCAAACCAGACACCAACGAAGACAAAUCGCCUAGCACUCAAGAACCAAACACCACCCAAGAAUCUCUACCAGUGCCAAACCCAGAAACAUCCCCCCUCCUCUUCUACGGCCCCAACCACAUCCCCCACGGAAUCCUCUCCCAGCACCACCCCAUCCCCUUCACCCACCCCUCCCACCCAUCCACAACCUUCACAACAGCAGAACAAUACAUGAUGUACCGCAAAGCCGUGCUCUUCUCCUGCCCCAGUAUCGCCGCCCAAAUCCUGCUUACCUCAAACCCGCGAACCCAAAAAUCUCUCGGCCGAAAAGUUCGUGGUUUCGAUGAGGGAAUCUGGGAGAAAGAGCGGGAGGGGAUUGUGGAGGAGGGGAAUUUCUGGAAGUUUGGUGGGGAGGGAAGGGAGAUGAGUGAGGGGGUGCGGAGGGCAAGGGAGGUGCUACUGGGGACUGGGGAGAGGGAGUUGGUGGAGGCGAGUCCGAGGGAUAGGGUGUGGGGUGUUGGUUUUGGCGUUGGGGAGGCGGAGGGGAGGAGGGAGGAGUGGGGGUUGAAUCUUUUAGGGAAGUGUUUGAUGAGGGUUAGGGAGAGGAUUAGGAUGGUUGAGGAGAGGAAGGUUGAGGAGAGGAGGGUUGCGGAGGGGAAGGAUGGGAAGGAGAGUGUUGAGGGGGAGGUGGUUGAGGGAUAA